AUGGACGAGUGGGAUCUCCCACAAUGGAAAAAGGAGGUGGAAAGCCUCAAGUACCAGCUGGCCUACAAGAGGGAGAUGUCAUCCAAGACCAUCCCUGAGUUUGUGAAGUGGAUUGAGGAUGGAAUUCCCGAGGAUCCCUUCCUGAACCCGGAGCUGAUGAAGAACAACCCCUGGGUGGAGAAAGGCAAAUGCAUCAUCCUGUGA